GCUAGCGCGCUACCAAUGGUUAGGUACGCUACGAUGGUUGUCAAAAUUUAUUCAUUAUGGUAGUAAUACUUCGACGGGCAUAUUUGCAUGCGUAAAUGGAAUGCUAUUGUACACCAUCAGUGUCUAACUGUGGAGAGAAUCGAAGAAAAAAGUGUGACCGUGAUGUCUCUCAUUGUUUAUUGUCACUUCGAUGGCAAAAUGAAUCUAAUAGGCACAUUGAACAUAUCCAGGAUUGCUGGCCAUGGUCACCGGAUGUAAAUUCAGUAUUUCGGGUGAUUGAAUUUUAGGAUCCUGAUUGUCCCAAAGAGCCCGGAUUAUGUUAUCUUUUAUCCGAAUCAAAAGAACGAUUCACCAAUUGUUGUUGCAAAGGUCCUCUUUGCAAUGGUGUUGAUAACAACACCAUAAUAUCACCACCCCCCACUCAAGCCAACAGGUCUUUGGUUAUGAAAGGGUUAGAUCCCAUUUUUGUCCAAAACUCAAGAUCGAUUGGAAACACUCCACUACCAAGUCACAGUUUCGAUAUGCAACAUAAGGAUAAUCUCCUUACCUUGAUUAUCAUAGCCCCAAUAAUCAUCGGUUUGUUUUUAAUCCUGAUAUUCUCCGUUUUUACCCUAUUUUUGCCUCGAUAUCGCGUCUGUCGUCCAAAACAGAGCAUGCGGUUCCCAAGAAAGCAUAAAACCUGUACACACUGCAGGAAAUUGCCUCACUUGAUGAAUCGUUUCCAUUGUUUAUCUAUGUGUAUACGUGGCCAUCCUAUCAAAGAUAAUGUUUCAAAUGGGUCAGUUGCUCAAAAUGAGUACUUUGGAAUGAAUAGUCUGUCUAAACACCCAAUAACAGGUCUUCAGUGGUUAUCUAGUGAAUGUUUUGAGCUGUGCUCAUUCAUAAAGAAGGUUGAGUUAAGAGCUCACGGACGUUUUGGUCAAGUAUGGCUUGGUCGAUUUUCUUCACCAGAUGAUCACAAUGAUAUGAAUCUAAAUUCGUCACAAUUAUCAUUGAAUAAGAAUACUAAAGAAAUCGAUGUAGCUAUAAAAAUAUUCACGUCAACUGAGAAACGUAGUUGGGAGACAGAAGUUGCGCUUUUUAAUGUUUCAGGUUUAGAACAUACCAAUAUUCUACAAUAUUAUGGUGCAGAUCAGGUAAUUGUAGAUAAUUCCAUUGGUGAAGAUAAACUGGAAUAUUGGCUAGUAACGGAAUAUCAUCCAUUAGGCAGUGUAUAUGAUUAUCUACAUGUAAAUGAUAUACAAUGGAAAGAUUUACUAAAAAUUUGUACUGGUAUCGCUCAAGGUUUAGCUCAUUUACAUAUGGAAAUUCCAAAUAUUUCAAAGCCUAGUAUAGCACAUCGUGAUUUGAAUUCUCGUAAUGUCCUGUUAAAAUCUGAUCUUACUGCUUGUAUUGCUGACUUUGGUUUAGCAAUACGUUUUGAAGCUGGUCAAUGUAUGAGAGAUGCACAUUUACAGUUAGGCACUCGUCGUUAUAUGGCACCUGAAGUAUUGGAUGGUGCUAUUCAAUUUUCAAAAGAUGCAUUUCUUCGUAUUGAUGUUUAUGCAAUGGGUUUAGUAUUUUGGGAAUUAAUGAUGAGAUGUUGUUGUGGUUCUAAUAGAAAUACAACAAUUCCUGUGACUAAUUAUUUAGCACCAUUUGAAAUAGAAUUAGGUCCACAACCAUCAAUGGAAGCAUUACAACGAUGGGUAGCACAUGCUAAACAACGACCAAAAUUUAAUCCACAAUGGGCAUCAGAUAGUGGUUUAUGUACAUUAUGGGAAACAGUUGAAGAAUGCUGGGAUCAAGAUGCAGAAGCACGUCUUUCAGCUGGUUGUGUAACAAAACGUUUGACUACAUUACUUCGUCUAUCUGUUAUUAGUCAACAAUACAAUGACAAUCGUAAUAAUAAUAAUAAUAAUAAUGGUAUAACUGAAAAGGCCAAUACUAAUAAUCAUAACACAAUGGUCAGUAAUUAUCCAAUUUCUUCGUCAGUUGAUGCAAACACUCAAUCAACAGCUUGUAAGCCAUCACUACCACCACACUACUACAAUUAUGGUUCUCCAUGUAUUAGUACUUCUACUGCUGCUACCACAACCACCACGUUGAUGAUGGACACUUCUAAAGAUUUAUCCAAUGAUAGAAAUACUUCUGCAUCUUUAUUGCAUUAUUCCAAGGCAGAUGAUAUUGGUGUGAAUAAUUUUUCGAAUGCUUUAAGUACUACUACUAUUGCUACUUCUACUACUACUACUAAUAAUAAUAAUAGUAAUAUUAGUUCCAUACUAAAUCCUACUGGUAGUGCAUGUCCACCGACAAUUUGUCUACCUUAUUCUAUGAAUAUUAAUUUCUCUACACUUACACAACAUAGACCUCAACUAAUCAAUGGUGAACUAAUACAAUCUGAAGAAAAAAAUCAAAAUCUUUUCUCCUUCAAUCGAACAAUUGCGACAACAACAACACUACCAACACCACCACCAACAACAACAACAAAUAAUCAAGCAUCAUGUAGAAAUAGUAGUGCAGAUUAUUUUUUAAAAUCAAUUCAGUCGAAUCAACAACAAUCACCAGUAGUUCAUGAUGAUGAAGAUCAAUCAACAGAAUAUCAAAAUUUAUUAUUCUCUGCAUCCAAUUUACAAUGAUGAUGAUGAUCAUCAUCAUUGUGAUCAUGAGAUAAACAAAAAAAAUGUAUUUAAACACAAAUUCUUCUGUUUCCUCUUUCCAUCUUUUGUUAAUAUAAAGAUGGUUUCUUUUUUUUACUGUACUGUACAGUUACUGUACAAUACUUUACCAGUACUGUAUGCAUUAUUUUCAGCUUUGAUUUAUCAUCUUGAUCAUCAUCAUCAUCAUCAUCAAAUCAUUAUUGUAGAACCACUCACUGUCUUUUAUAUUGUAUUGUGCCUUUCUUUUAUUGUUGUGAUCUCGUUUAUGGUUUCUGUUUAAUUUUUGUAAUGCAGAAGAUUGUGUUCGUUAAAUUUUUCAGCGAAAAAAAGAAUAUGUGGUUUAGAGCUAGCUAUUCUACCUCUUUCUAUCUCUUUUAUUUCCUCUCCUGACACUGUGAAACAUGUAUAUACAUAUUUAAAUAUAUAUAUAUAUCUAGCUUCAGAUCUGUUGUGUAGUAGUAUGACUAGUUACAUUGCUUUACAAUACAAAUAUCUUAUCAAAAAAGAUCUUAGGUAGUAGUAAUUAGUUGUGUCAUAUUGUUUGAACUAUGUAAAUAAUUCGACAGUGAGCAAUGACACACCUAUCAUCACACUCAACUUUGAAGUGAGAUAUACACGAUACUGGUCUUUCUUUAAUGUAAAAAAGAAGCCAUCAAAUGGGUUAGUUUAUUUCGCACAUUCAUUUUAUGUAUCCCGGUGAAUUAAAUCUCUUCUACUCUUCUCCUUUAAUCUUGAUCAUUUUGAUAUGAUGCUAUGCUAUGUUAUGUUAUGUUAUGCUUUGUUGAUUUUUUUUAUGUAUUUUCUCCAUUUGAUGUGAUGUCUUUUUUUCUUAUUGAUUAUUUUUCAAUCAUAACUCUUAUUAUUCUAUUUAAAAUCAUGAAAAAAAUAUCCGUAUCUCGAUUUGUCUUUAAUAUACUACUUCCAAAUCACUAUAAGUAGUGUGCAUGAAGGGAUAAUGUUGUGUUGUCGGUGUUAAUGAUAAUGGUUGGAAAUUAAUUAAUUACUUGCUUGCUUUCUCAAUGUUCUUUAUUUAUCUUGUUGUGCUUUUCUGCUUUUUUUUGUUUUCGUAUGGUUUUUGGUCGUUAUUAUUAUUAUUAUGAUAGAAUAAGAAAGAAAAAGUUCUUCAUAACAGAGAGAAUCUGUGUUUCUUCUUCAUUGUGUUUUUCUGUAUACAGUAAUCAUUUCGUUCACUGUUUGUUGUUGUUGAGUGUAUUUAUUUUCCCUUCAUUUCCGGUCGAAAUAAAUGAUGUGUAAUUUAAUUUUUAUACGCAUACUGUCUAUCUGUCUGUAAAGAAAAAAAACGUAUAUAUAUAUAUAUAUAUAUAU